AUGAUUGUACUGCGUGGCGCACCCGUAUAUGGUGUCCGACAGUAUGUGACAGCCUCCACCACAGUCGCCACAUUGCGAGCGGCGCAAUAUGGACGAACACCAGCGGUCCAGAGAUUGAUCUCGCGAGAGACGCAGUCGACAUCUCUUACUCCCUCCUCACCUCUAACACCAUUCUCCCCUCGGCUUACAUUGCCAAGUCAUGUCCUUCUACGAUCAUUACAUACUUCCCGACCACAAUACCAGCAAGCCCAACCGAAAGAGGAGCCAAAGCAGGAAGUGCGAGACCCGCCCCGGGACGAGAAGCCGCAUCAGGAGGCGGGUGAAGGAGCAGAGCAGGAAAAGAGCGAUACCAAAAAUGAGGAAUCCGGCAAACAAGAAAAAGACUCCAAACCUCCACCACCACCGCCUCACGGGGACAAGACUCCCUGGCAGGUCUUCACCGAGACUCUCCGAACCGAAUUCAAGGCCUCCAAAGAAUGGAAUGAAUCCACAAAACAGCUUUCUGGAUCUGUCCAACAAUUCACAGAAUCCGAGGCUGUACGGAGAGCCCGCGAGGCUUCAGAAGCCGCCUCCAAAGGCACGUCUGAGGUGCUGAAAACUACCGGCCGUGCCAUUGGUAAAGGUGCAGCUUGGACCUGGGAUACCAAGGUGGUUCAGGGAUUCCGACAAGGAGUGAAUGCUACGGGCCGGACCAUCGAGAAGGCAACUCGGCCGGUCCGAGAAACCAAGGCAUUCAAAGACAUCUCGGAAGCCGUUGAUGAUGGAAGCAGUUCGAGAUAUGGUGGUUGGAUCGAAAAGGAAGAGCGCCGCAAGAGAAGGGAAGCCCUCAGAUUGAAGGAGGAGAGGGAGGGCAAGCGCGCCCCGGCCGAGCCACUGGUGGAAGAUCCAAAUGCUGGAACGAACAUCACUGUCCACAAAGACGCGGCAUGGAAAGAAUCGUGGAACAAAUUCAAAGAGAACUCGAAACUGAUGCAAGGGUUGUUCAACAUGAAAACGACGUAUGAAGAGUCGGAAAACCCACUGAUCUCGACGGCACGGUCAAUCUCGGACCGCUUUGCAGGCUUUUUCGCCGAGAAUGAGACGGCAAUGGUGAUCAAGAAGUUCCGCGAGAUGGACCCCUCGUUCCAGCUUGAACCUUUCCUGCGCGAUCUGAGAGAAUAUAUCCUCCCUGAGGUUCUGGAUGCCUACGUCAAAGGCGAUGUGGAGACUCUCAAACUCUGGCUGUCGGCAGCGCAGUUCCAGGUGUAUUCUGCUUUGAUGGAACAAUACACCAAGGCCGGGCUGAAAUCAGACGGGCGAAUUCUGGAUAUUCGACACGUCGACAUCCUGAACGCCAGACUGUUGGAGCCAGGCGACAUUCCCGUAUUCAUCAUCACAUGCCGGACCCAGGAAGUCCACGUCUAUCGAAACCAGAAGACGAACGAACUAGCCGCUGGCAUGGAGGACAAAGUCCAGCUGGUCACGUACGCCAUCGGGGUGACGCGAUUGCCCGAAGAAGUCAACAACCCCGAGACACGUGGAUGGAGGAUGAUUGAACUGCAAAAGGCAGCCAGAGACUACAUCUAA